CUGUCAAACGACGAUCAAGUCACCAACUUUGCGCCGUCUGCCUGUUUGAAAACAUUAGGGUUGUCGUCAGGAUCACCUGUUUUCUAUUUGGUUCUAUUCCGUUCGUCAGUUCUCGUGUUGUCUGUGUUGUGUUGACUGUAUAUGUCGUUAUUGAAUAAAGCCCUGUUCGGGACACCCGGAGAAAAUAUUUUUAUGGGAAGAACUCUCUACAGGGACCUGGGACUUUGUUGUCAGCAGGCUCAGGACGUUAGAAGUGGAUGCGAGACGAGCUGGUGGACAAAUCGACCGCCAACUUUUACCCUCUCGCUUAUCCGUAUUAGUGUCUAGGUUAUUUUCACGGCUGGCCAAUUUCAUGCGCAUUUAUAUGCUUCUCGGGGUAGGUCGUGGUUCGUUUUGUGUCUGUCUAUGCGUGGUGAUUUUUCGAUAGUGUUUCGUUAUUGGAGUGCUGCUGAUACAGGAUGGCAAGUGUUCUGUGCGUGUCGGGCUGUACGUUAAACCAAUGGGCUCUUGAUUUCACUGGAAACUACCGGCGGAUCUUGGAGAGUAUAAAACGUGCGAAGGCUGCCGGUUCAAAGUAUCGAAGUGGACCUGAACUUGAGAUACCUGGCUAUGGAUGUGCGGAUCAUUUCUUCGAGUUCGACACAGAGCUCCAUUCGUGGGAAGUUUUGGCCAAGCUUCUUGAUGAUUCGUCCACAUUUGAUAUUAUAUGCGAUGUGGGAAUGGCCGUAUCUUUGCGCGGGGUUCUGUACAACGUCCGUGUCAUCUUUCUUAACAAGAAAAUUUUGCUUAUUCGUCCUAAAAUGACCCUAUGUGAUGACGGAAACUACAGAGAAUCCCGGUGGUUUACACCUUGGCGAUAUCGAAAACAUACUGAGGAAUACACCCUACCGCCGAUGGUGACUCGGCUUACCGAACAGGUCAAAGUUCCUUUUGGGGACGCUUUGCUCGAGACCAAAGAUUCAUUGAUAGGCUAUGAGAUCUGUGAAGAGUUAUGGAAUCCGAAUAGCACAAACAUUGACGCGUGCUUGUGUGGGGCAGAAAUCAUUUUCAACUCGUCCGGAUCAUAUCAUGAACUGCGAAAACGAAAUCUCAUCCGUGAUCUGGUCGCAUCUGCCUCAUUGAAGUCAGCUUGUGUUUAUGUUUUUUCGAAUCUGCGUGGCUGUGACGGGGAACGCGUCUAUUACCAAGGCUUGUCAAAUAUAACUAUGAACGGGCGGUUUCUCGCUGUCGGCAAACAAUUUGGUCUUGAAGAGGUCGAGGUAAUAACGGCCAAGUUCUUCAUCGAGGACAUCCGAGCUCGACGUGCGAUAUUCCGUUCCCGAGGAUGGGCUAGUACAACGAUGGCCAUGUACCCUCAUGUCCGUGCAGAUAUUUACCUUGUUUCAAGCAUCGGAGGAAGUGCUAAUACACCUAUUGAAUGGCCAGAAAUGGUUGCUGAAAUGGAAAUUUCUUUAGGACCUGCUUGUUGGCUAUGGGACUAUCUCAGGCGUUCCGGUCAAGGCGGUUUCUUUCUUCCCCUGAGUGGCGGGGUUGAUUCAGCCUCCGUGGGUACAAUCGUGUAUUCAAUGUGCACCCUCAUCGACGAGGCGAUCAAAGCCGGCAACCAGGAGGUACUUGGCGAUCUGCGAACUGUAAUUGGCGACUCGAAGUAUAUGCCACCGGAAAGUAGUGGUGCACGAGAGAUUUGCCAAAAAUUGUUGUUUACUUGUUAUAUGGGUACUGAGAACUCCUCGCAAAAAACGAAAUCGGCAGCGAAGAAUUUUGCUUCUCAGAUCGGCGCCAGCCAUCAAAGCAUUAUUAUUGAUACCGCCGUCAGGGCGAUUGUUGCAAUAUUUGUUAGCGUUAUGGGUGGACGAGUGCCAAAGUUCCAGGCACACGGGGGCUCCACUCGUGAAGAUCUUGCUUUGCAAAACGUUCAGGCGCGAGUUAGAAUGCUUUUAAGCUAUCUAUUCGCGCAGCUCCUUCUGUGGGGAAGUGAACGGCCUGGGGGAUUGCUUGUUUUGGCGACGGGUAAUAUGGACGAAGCACUCCGAGGGUAUCUCACGAAAUACGAUUGUUCGAGCGGCGAUAUCAACCCUAUUGGGAGCAUCUCGAAGACAGAUCUUAAAAAGUUUCUACGAUUUGCUGUCGGCCACUUUAACCUUAACUCGUUGGAAGGCAUUUUAGAUGCUCCUCCGACGGCCGAGCUGACACCUCUGCGCGAAGGACAAGUGGUGCAAACUGACGAGGCCGAUAUGGGCAUGACGUACGCCGAAUUGUCGACAUAUGGCAGCUUGCGAAAACAACAUGGCUGUGGACCUCUCGCUAUGUAUUUGCGAAUCACCGCUGAGGAGCCCUCGGCAAGACCUGCGGAUGUUGCUAGGAAAGUUAAACAUUUCUUCAAAAUGUACUCAAUUAAUCGCCACAAGACAACUGUAUUAACGCCAGCAUACCACGCUGAAAGUUACAGUCCCGACGAUAACCGUUUCGAUCAUCGACCUUUUCUUUACAAUCCACAGUGGAAAUGGCAGUUCAAGAGUAUUGACCGCUACGUUUCACAAAUGGCGAUUUCAUCUCACCCUCGGACGCUACUUUCAUCUGGAAGUCUCAGUCGGAAGCCCGAGCUUGUUUAAUUUGUGUAUGUUUUCGUCUUCUCAAUGUUGAAAUCUUAACUUUCAAUCAAUUGGAAAUAUUUUUAUUCUUGCCACAAAGGCAAAAGUUUUUAAAGCUUUUAUUUGACUUUAUUCAGACUGCGUAAUUCUUUACUUCCUGUAGCGGUUAUUAUAUACUGCUCAGUAUCACAAGGGCGAUGAGACCACCUUUUUUCUCCUCAUCUUUCUAUAAGGAAAUAGCAGCAGUAUGACAAGAUAUAUUUAUGGUUGUUUGUUGUCGGUGUGUAAAAAAAAUGUUAAUUGAGCUAAUUAGCGUCCCGGUUGUGCGAGUUGUCUGAGUAUAGAACGAGGACAAAUAAAGUUUCUCAUAGACAAACCGGACAAUUAUACUCGGCUUUGUAUGUGCAAUAAGAGUCGAGAUCCGUUCCUAUAACAAGGAGGAAGUGAGUGAAAACGACGAAGAGAUUGUCGUAUGGGGUUGUGACAUCCCCGUGCCUGUUUUUUGGUCAAUGAGUUAGUUUUUCUCUGUUCAUAAAUAUAGCGCAAAUCAAAUGUUUGCCUAUUUAUGAUUUUUAGGCACCAUCGGCCCGCCGGUGUAUUUUUGUGUCAGUGAUACGAACACUGCCAAGAACGCAGUAUAUAGAAGACAUAUAUAUAUAUAUAUAUAUGGUGUUGGGACAAAAUUGAUGUUGUCUUUCAGCUGCAUCUAAAUGAAAACAAUAAAAAAGAACGUUAUCGAGACGAAAUUUUUUGCAUAUGCAAGCAGAAAUAAGCCUGACAAGCGCGUUUAUUUACUAUGACUGCCACUUUGAGUUUCUCGAAAAUCUAAAGAUAUAAAAAGUGAAAAAAAUCAAAAGAUGCGAGCGAGCCCAGAAAGGCGAGCCGUUGUAGCCUAUAUAAACAACCGUAUAAACAAUUAUCACUUGCCGAGCCUCUAGUAUUUUCGGAUUAUAAGACAUGGCUUUCUGUUUUCUUUUUGGUAAAUUUUUGAUCCUUUUAGUUUUACCUCUACUCCGGCUCUGGUGGUCUAGGAAGAACGGUUUUCUUCUAGUAGUAAUGACGAAUCAGAAUGCCCGAUACGACUAACAGCUCACAAGAUUGCGCCACAAUUUAUCCCGUACGCUCUGUAUAUGUAUAAUAGAUAUGUAUCUGAAUGCUUGAUAUUGUUCAUUUGACGCACUGUUACGAACCAUUGUUGGUGAGGGUUAUAUAAAUGAUUAACGCCUUGUCAAAAAGACAUUCAUUCUCCAAAACAAAAUGCCUUAUUUAAACGAGUAUGUUAAACAGAUAAAGUGCGACGGGAUCGUAUGAGUUACUAUUAGCAUUACUAAAAUAAAUAACGUGUUACAGAAUAAAGGCUCAAUUAUUUUUUGCAGUAAUCGCUUUCAACGGUUCUAAUUAUUGCUAUUUUGCAAGCAUUACCUCUAUGAUUCUUAACCAUCUACCAGGCCAUCUCAAAGACGAAACAGAGUUUUAUUAAUAUUUUUGUUUGUGCUAGAGAAAGUAAUUUAAGGAAACUGAUGCUAUUCUUAAUAACAGUCUGGCUACUUAAUAUUAAUCUGAAAAACGAAAAAAUGUAUGACAACUCUAAAUAGUAUAGCAAAAUGUGCUGUUCCUAGAAAACCUCUGGUAUUAAAAAAGAGGCCGGAAUAAGAUGAAACUGGAUAAUUAAAAAAAAUCCGUUUGAAAAAUUAUAAUAAUUUCACGUGCUACAGAAGAACGUGACCGUUUUCGCUUCUUAAAAAAAUUAAUUCGUUACCGGUAUGAUUGUUUGUUUAGGACCUAAGAGUACAAAAACAGUCGUCGAAUCGUUAAAAUUACCUAUUAAAUACAUUACCAUUACAUACGAAUACAUAAUAUGAAUAUUUAUAUAAAAGGUCUAGAAUAGGCUUCUGAAAUUUCUAAUCAAUCAGCGCAUGAACCCCAUUAAUCACAUAUUGAUUAGCCCAUAUGAUAUAUUUCAAUUGAGUUAUAACUAAGAUUACUGGAUGUAUCGGCUAGACCUGCAAGCUUUUCCUGAAACAUUGCGGAUGAUCUCCUAUCGCCAUCUAAUUAUCACUUACUGAUACAAUUUUUUUUGUUGGGUUUUUCAUUGGAGAACCCCGCCUCGGUAAACCAUUGGGGGCCAAAACGACACGAAGUUCCGUUGGAUUUAUUACUGAUCAGUUAUGCGUACAUGUUGCUUAUAUUGUUUAUUCGCCUCAUUUGUGUAUACUACACGAGCAUAUUAUAAUGAAAAUAGGGAACUCGAUUUUUUUCGACACAUGAGUACGGUUGCUGUCAUCAUUGCUUACUACGUUCCAAUACGUGCUAUUAAAUACAAUAUAACUUAUUUUGUACGAACUUAUGGAGUUAAUGUUUUAAAACCUUCUGGUAUUUAUAUUAGCGGUCCGCAUUUCUCCAAAAUCGAUUAUAGCACUAGUAAUACGUGCAAA